GGUGUCGUAUGGAUACGGGUACUAGGGAGCUUAGCUUCGCUUACUCAGCAGCCCCUUUUAUUUAGCUAGAUCCAGAGGCUCCCUUCAGAGCUUCUUUUAAUCAGACAACCAUUUAUGCAAAUCACUGUUCCUUGCUUUUUGCAAUACUCCGGGUUGUGGUUAAAAAGUUAUUAUGGAUAUAAAAGGGCGACCGUUUUGUCGCUUUUGGAUCGGACCGACUGUAUAUGAGAAGUUGAAGAAUGAAGUGAGAAGCAGGUUUAAGACUACGGAUGAGAUCACGAGUCAUAGUGCUACGUUUCCGUAUUUGACUACGAUUAUCCAGGAGACUUUUAGGAUUUAUCCACUAGUACCGAUCGCAAUGCCGAGAAUAACUCCAAAGGGUGGGGCGAUGGUGGCUGGGGUCUUUGUGCCUGAAGGGGUAUGCUUCAUUUUAGCUGCGUCUUAAAAUAAAUAACGAUUUGGCAGACAAUUGUUGGCGUU